AUGGCAGCUUCUCAGGGACUGUUGACAUUCCAGGAUGUAGUCAUAGAAUUUUCCCAGGAUAAAUGGGAAUUUCUGGACAGCACUCAAUGGGAACUGUACAGGGAUGAGAUGUUAGAGAACUAUAAAAACCUGGUCUCCUUGGGUCCUGUCUCUAAGCCAGACCUGGUCACCUUUAUGGAGCAAAAGAAGGGUCCCUAGGAUGUGAAGGGAAUGGAGACAAUAGCCAUACACCCAGGAACUGGGGACCCCACCCAGGAGGAGGAUGCUGAAUUGCCCAUUAAGGGGUAUUUGGAAGGGAGUGAGGAAAACGGGAUGAGCCACCUCCACUCUCUUAGGCCUUCUGUUGCUGUUGCCCAACCCCCUCUUCCAGUGAUGGCUCCAAAGACAUUUCUACAGAAGCUGGAGAGAAGAUCUUGA